UGGCGCGCCAUUCCCUCCCAUUCAUAAAAAAGCCAUUUUCCCAGGCAGUGGGUUGCAACAUCGCCGCGGAGGCUGCGAGAAGCUGACAGCGCGGAGCUGGCGCUGCGGAGCGCAGGGAGCCGUGCCGGUUUCUCCGGCCGGCGGCGGCCGGGACAGCUGCGGCUGCCCUGCUCGAGGUCGGAGAUUUACCGAGACGGGGAGCAAUGCUUCUGACUCUGCGGCUCGUCCGAGGCCCCUAGAAGCGCGUCUCUUGGUGCCGUCCAGGACCUCCAGCCCCAUGGAGCCCCCGAUCCCACAGAACGUGCCCUUGGCGCCCGCUUCCGUCCUGGUGCAGCCCCUCCUCGACAGCCGGAUGCCCCACAGCCGGCUCCAGCACCCCCUCACCAUCCUGCCCAUCGACCAGAUGAAGACCAGCCACGUGGAGAACGACUACAUCGACAACCCGGGCCUGGCGCCCCCCGCGGGCCCCAAACGGACCCGGGGCGGGCCCUCCGAGCUGGCGCCGACGCCCGCCCGCUGCGACCAGGACGUGACGCACCACUGGAUCUCCUUCAGCGGCCGCCCCAGCUCGGUGAGCAGCAGCAGCAGCACCUCCUCCGACCAGCGGCUCCUGGACCACAUGGCGCCGCCCCCCGUGGCCGACCAGGCGUCUCCCAGGGCCGUGCGCCUCCAGCCCAAGGCGGCGCACUGCAAGCCGCUGGACCUCAAGGGGCCCCCCGCCCUGCCCCCCGAGCUGGACAAGCACUUCUUGCUGUGCGAGGCCUGCGGGAAGUGUAAGUGCAAGGAGUGCGCGUCUCCGCGGACGUUGCCCUCCUGCUGGGUCUGCAACCAGGAGUGCCUGUGCUCGGCGCAGACCCUGGUCAACUACGGCACGUGCAUGUGCCUGGUGCAGGGCGUCUUCUACCACUGCACCAACGAGGACGAUGAGGGCUCCUGCGCCGACCACCCCUGCUCCUGCUCCCACUCAAACUGCUGCGCCCGCUGGUCCUUCAUGGGCGCCCUCUCCCUCGUGCUGCCCUGUCUGCUCUGCUACCUGCCCGCCACGGGCUGCGUGAAGCUGGCCCAGCGCAGCUACGACCGCCUGCGCCGCCCGGGCUGCCGCUGCAAACACACGAACAGCGUCAUCUGCAAGGCGGCGGGCGCCGACGCCAAGGCCGCCAGACCCGACAAGCCUUUCUGACAGCUUGGGGUGAGCCCAGCCCCCUCGCGCUCCCCCGGGGACGCCUGCUUCCCUUCUGACGCCCGGAGAAGACCCACUGCCAGGACAGAGGGGUGAAACAGACCCCGUGGCCCCCCCCACCCCUACCGCUUCGGCGGCCACCGGCCCCGACUCUGUGUCCCCAAAGGAUGAAGAAGCAGCAGCUCACUCGGGGUUGUGGGUUUUGCUUUUGCUUUUUUUUUUUCCCCCCUCCUCCAGGGCCCUGGAACUUUGUCCGACAGUGACAGGGGGGCGUGGGGGCUGGGGUGGAGUUUUCUGUUUUUUCAGAAGACAGAACACAGAUGUGCACAUAUCGGGGAGCUGCUUGAAUGCUUUCCCGCCUCUCCCCUCCUCCCCCUCCCCCUCCUCCCCUUCUCUCUGGCCACCUGGGAGGAAUCGGUAACUGACUGGCCCCGGGGACUUUGGAGAAUCCGCCUCUAUACCCCCCUUCUUUCUCCCUCCUCCACUCUGUUCCCGACUGGGGAGGGGGGGUCCUGGCCACCCCUGGUGUAUAUAAUUAGGAGCCCCUUGAGAACACAGGAGGGCAGGGGAACUCGGCUGCCCAUCUCGCCUUGCCCACACCCAGCCGUGGACAGCACCUCUCUCCCUCCCCGCUUCAUCGCUAACUUGGGGGGAGGACGAGGAGAAGGGGAGACUCCCCACGGCCCUUUAUUCUCACUGAGUCACAGACUCACCUGCCCUCUCCUCGUUCCGUGUUGGCUCUGUCCAGAGCCUUCCCAGAAACAUCCAUGGGUAGAGAGAUGCCCGGGGCAGCCAGUGCCAGACCAAAUAUCAUUUUGCCAAUGAGUCUGAGGCUGUGGUCUCUGGAUCCAGUCAUUAUGUUUUUAUAGAAUAAUAAAACCAGAUGCUAACGGUGUUUUUUUUUUUUAAAAAAAAAAAAGAAGAAUAAAAACAAACAAAAAAAAACACUUGCUUCCUUUUGGGCCACCCCCAGGAAGGAAGGGCUUCUUUUCGAAAUCUGGGGGCGAGGGGGGUGCAAACCGCAAGAAACACACAUCUCCCUCCCCGCCAAUAAGAUUUUCACGGCAGAGACAGCUCCUACCUUCCCUUGGCAGGAUGACGGCAGGAUGACGGUGGCACCGAGCUGGGGUGGUCCCUCCUGACUCUUGCUUGCCCUCCUAGGCCCUGUAUGUAUAGUGACGUGUCAGUAUCUUUCAUGUACAUAGAGAGACGUUCUAAAGAGUCUAUUUUAGUGUUAGGAAGCCCCCAGCGGUGGGCGGGAGGGGGUUGGGAGUCAGAAUAUGGGAUGGGGGAGAGAUUUUUUUUUCCCCAGGGGCUUCUUGGGGUUGAGCCCAAGAAGUGCCUCUGUGUGUGUGGCCAUGACACCCCCCCUCCCGGCAGCACCCCCUCUCACCUCCCCCCAAAAGACGUAGCAACUCUUUCUCUCAAGGUGCUAAAGGACUCGGAGAGGGCGGCGUCCGAUGGGUAGGUACUUGUUGCAUGCGAACGCUGUAGUUGUGUCCUGGUUUUCCUUCCCAGCGGUGACGCGGUGUUCUCGGCUUUGCGUGGGAUUUUGUGUUCUCUGUCCAGAAGCAGCUGCCUGGGCGAGAGGGCUGUGGGGGCAAGGCUCCCCCAGGUGAAUUGGAGGUGCAGAAGGCCCAGGGUGUAUUCGAGGGGGGGUCGGGGGUCGGGGCAGAAGGAGGCGGGGAAGCUGGGAGCUGAGUGGUGCCCCCUCCCCCAAGGCUUCUCCUGGACUUUUUCUUUCUCCUUCUAGAAGACUAGUAGUGAUAUCUUAUGAUUUAGCAUAAGUUAACUUGUAACCAUAGGUAUUUAUUGAUCGGAGGACAGGAGGGGAGGGUCUUAUUAUUUUAGGCUUUAUUUAUAUAACAGUCGCUGGCUUGUAAAAGGCAGUAUGGAAACCUGCAUUUGCGAACGCCGGUUCCUGUGUAGCCGCCCUGGCGCUCUCGAACAGACCGAGGGAGGGGGAACAGGCGGGCGGCCGCGCACGCACACCCGUUGAAUGUAUCCGAGUGUCCCCCCCGGGCCCGGAGGCCUUUUCCUGAGCAGGAGUGCAGAGGUUGCCCCCCAAAAGAGGGCAUGACACUCCUGGCUGAGGCCUGGGCCUCAGAACUUUCCCCAGCGUCCCUGUGUCACGUGUUACAUGGGAAACUUGCCCCCUGGUGAGUUGUCCUUGGAUGGUCUUGGUGUUCUACACACCUUUGCUGUUGAGAACCGACUCACAUAAGCUGUGUAUACACACACAAACACACACACUCUCUCUUUCUCCCCUCUCUCUCCCUCUCUCCCAUCCCCCACACUGACCCUCUAGCCACAGACUCCCGUUUCCUGACAGCCUCCUAAACCCUGACUUUUUGUGUACAUAAUUGUAAACACGGAUUUUUCUGGGGUUUGGUUUCCUUUCCCUUUGCCUCCCCCAUUGUGGCUUGUUCUUUGGUUUGCGUUUCACCCACUAGACAGACCCAUCUGCGGCCAAAGAAGGGCGUGUGCUGGGCGCAGAGGGAGGUGCCUCGGUUUCCCCUCACGGCCGUGGCCUCCCCUCGGCGUGCCUUUCUCAGCGUCUUGGCACAGGAAAAAAAGCAAACUGGCCCGCUUGUGAGCUCUGGGGUCAGUCUGACCAUGGAGGGACCAGGCUGUCACCAGCUGGGCUGCUUUAGGCCUUUGAAAAGUGCCAGCCGGUUCCCACUUCCGGGGUGCUGCCUGGAACUAGAUCCAGGACACCCCUCAGAGCUCUGGCUGCCGCGCGCCCGCCACCCGCAGGCCAAGGGUGGGUUUGGGCAACAUUGCAGCACGCACCCCGAGAACUGGGUCUAGUUCAGCUUCAACCACUCCCCGCUAGAUGCUGGGGCCCAAGCAAGGCCUGUCACCGUUGUUGGGAGGGGCCCUUGACUGAAGGACGGACGGAAGCUCUUCUUGCUGGCCUAGCUCGUUCUGGGUCCCCCGGGUCCCCGCGGUGCAUCGCGUGGGAAGCCCAAUAGGUCAGCACUUGCCCGGCCGGCAGGACAUGGAAAGUGUUGGGGACCAGCAGCAACCAAGCGUCGUCAUAUGGAGCCACCGUGCGGCAUUGGGUGCAGUUGCUGGGGUCACCCUGGUCCGGCCGGCCCACUUGCCUCCAGCUUGGUCAGCAUCCACGUGGUCUCUGCUUACGGUGACAGCGGGUGACCCGGUCUGCGCUGCCGUGGGUGCUCCCGUGCCGCGUCUUCUCUUGCUUUCUCUCCUCCGGCCCCAUGGUGCGGUUUCGUGUUGACCAACAGAAAAGCUGUUCAGUGUCCCCACCCUCUACCCCCUGACUCCAUUGCCCCCCAUCACUGUAGCUUCCUUCUCACCCCCUCCCAAAGUUACCACAGAAGGUUUCCUUUGUAUAGAAUAUUUAUUUUGAAGCUCUAUUUUAAUAGUAUUUAUUUUAGAAAGUCUACUAUUGUAAGAGUUCUUCUGUUUGUGAAGAAAAAAACAAGUUAAAAACUGAAUGUACUGAUCUAGAAAAUAUAUAUAAAUAUAUAUUGUUAAAUAUACCCCGGACUGCCAUUUC